AUGUUCAAUCACAAGUUACCGACUGAUUUUCCAAUGCAAACCCUCCGUAAGAAAACUAGCCCUUGCAAAUACAAGAACGAGCCGGGGCGGUUUCUCGGCGAAGGCGUGUCGUUUCGCGCCAAGUUGAUAGGCGUGCUCGAGGUGCCGGAAGCACGUGGCGACCGGAUGUGCCAGGAGGCGCUGGCGGAUCUCAAGAUGGCGAUCCGGGCGGCGGGCGAACACAAGCAGAGGAUACAAGUCCAUGUGGCUAUUGAUGGACUGAGGCUGCGGGAUGAUAAGACUGGGGACUCGCUAUACCACCAUCCAGUGCACAAGAUCUCGUUCAUAGCCCAAGACAUGACGGACUCCAGAGCAUUCGGAUACAUAUUCGGCUCUCCAGACACCGGCCACCGGUUCUUCGGCAUUAAGACUGAUAAAGCUGCUAGUCAAGUAGUGAUAGCGAUGCGGGACCUCUUCCAAGUGGUGUUCGAGCUGAAGAAGAAAGAGAUAGAGCUGGCCAAGCAGCAGCUGGAGGGCAAGACGGUGACAAGUGGUGUCAGCCGGCACGCGCCCUCCGCGCCCAGCGAAACUAAGUCUAAGGCACUGUCAACAGUGGGCGAGUCCAUUUCCACAUCGGCGGCCCCCGAGAGCGCGGAGGGGGGCGUGGCCGAGCUGGUGGACCUGGAGCAGGAGCUGAGCUCGCUGCGGCGCGGCCUCACGCAGGUGGAGGGCCUCACGCCGCCCGCCGACCCGUUCGGGGACUCCUUCAUUGUGCCGGGCUCUAGUGGCGCACAGCGCGGCCUGCUACCCCCACCUCCAUCAGGCUCAUCAACCCGCGGGCGCAGCACCCCGGCCGCCUCCACUUCCACCCGAGCCAUCUUCAGCCCCAACAAGACGGCUCUACCCUUCGACCUGACGACGGUGGCCGCGGACUUCGAGCCCGUCGUACCCAGUGCCGCUACGGUUGUGGAGGCUGUGGAGCCGCCGGUGGACGCGCGCGCCGGCUUCGACGUAUUUACGGACCUCGACCCGCUCGGCACCGGCCGCAGUAAACCUUACGUUGACAAAAAACUAUUCUUUCAGGAGCUCAAAAACCCACCCAAGAAACAGCUCAAAGACCUAGUACACACGACUAACUCCCCGCUCCUAGCGGACGUGGCGACCGAGAAGGCCGACUAUAGCGCGACGCUCACUUCUCUCUCACGGCAAUCGGGCGGGACCGUGACUAUCGCUAAGCCGAGCUCGAUGUAUUCGGGGGGUUUUUUCUCGUCGGAUCCGUUCGCCGAAACGGAUCCGUUCGACGCGGCCGAUCCGUUUUCGGACUCGUUCAAGGACGACCCGUUUAUGAACCUGCCGGAGUUUCCGAAGCCUGUAACGGUGUUGCCUGAUAAGGCUAAACUGCGGGACAUGGCGAUAGACAGGCUUGAGGAGCGGCGGUUGGAGUCGGUGGCUAAGAACGUGUUCAACGGGCCGCUGCAGGUGAGCCUGCCGCCCGAGCCCGCGCCCAAGUCGCCGCGCCUGCAGCGACAGUCGGACAGCGGCUCGAUCCGCCAGCGCCCCCAGCCCGCCUCCAAGCUGGCGACCGAGAGUGCGUCCCCCCCGCCCCCGCUACCCCCCAAGAAGCCCACAGACGUGGCCCCCGGCAAGCCGCCGCCCGUGCCCCCGCAUGAUACGGAUGAUAGUGAGGGGCCGCCGCUGCCCCCGCCUAGCCGGAAGAAGGAGCCUAAGGCGGACCGCUCGACCAAGCCGCGCCUCUCCUCAAUAACGUACAGCAGCUCGGAAGAGUACCUGCCCCCCUGCGCGCCGCCGCCGCCGCCCGCGCGCCGCUUCGACAUCACGCUGGCGCAGCUGCUGACCUGCAGCAUGCCCGAGCUGGCGCACAGACUACACGUUCCCGAAGAGACGUUAUCUUCCAUGACCCUACCUCAGCUAACAACGUAUCUUCGAUCCUACCUAGCUUCCGACGUCGACAAAGCGAAAAUCCACCGUCCAGAACUCGCAGAACAAAUCACAGAACCACCUAAAAUAUCAAAAGAGUACACGACAACGCUUCCAGAAUACACGACUAGUCAUCAAAAUCCGCCUAAAACAUCCUCUUUGCCGAAACCAAUCAAAGAGACAAAGAAACUAUCCUCUGACCAGUUCGAAGAUAACUUCGCGCCUACAAAUGACUCUAGUACACCGUUUGUAGCCAACUUCGACGACUUCGACCAGAAAGCGGGCUCGUCGUACGACCGAUACGCAGUGUUUAGGGAGAUACAGGAACAGGAACUCAAAACACGCUCAAUACUCGACCCGUUGGACGACGAAAAACAAAACGGCGACGCCGACCAGAAACAAGACAGUGACAAGGAGGAAGUGACGUCACUCACUGACACGCUGCCUGCGCAGGAGUCGAGCCGCAGAGACGAGAAGGAACAAGCCAUGGACAUCAGCCGAAGCCCAAUAAAGUCGCUCGACGAACUCACUCUAGACUCCUUCAACAUGUUCAGAAACUCCGUCAGUCCCAAACCGACCAACCAAAUAGACUCAAAAAUAGAAGACAUAAAAAACGUUAUGAAGACCCUACAAAUAGAACAAGCCAGAAGAAGCGUUUCGCCAAGAGAUACCAACUUGAUAGAACAAAAACAAGAUGAUAAUAGCGAUCGAUAUGCGGCGUUAAGAGAAAUAACGAUAACAGAACCGCCUGACGAAUUUGAAUCUUUACCCCCCGAAGCGCCGAAAGAGCGAAAGCGAUCGGAUGAGAAAUCCGACGGGUUCGACAACUCAGAUUUCUUCGACUGCAUCGACAAUAGCUCUCUGUCCUUUUCGCACGUAGAUGACGCGUUCAGAAAGAGCCCUUCGGUGCCUAGAGAUAAGGUUGAAGAGAAGCUGAGGGUGGACGUGAGUGUGAGUAAGAAGAGUGAGGUAUUGCCCAAGAAGGAACCAAUGAAUGAGCUUCAGCCACCGCCGCGACUGUCUGCCGGGUCCUUGAGUGAUGUGGCCAGUGCGUCGUCGCCAGACACUAAAGACAAGGUCCGCGGCGAGGGCCGCUGGUCGGUGCUGGCGGCGCGCGCGUCGUGGUCCAGCGACUCCAGAGACUCCGACGUGCCGUGGCCGCGCCGCGCGCCCGCCCCGCCCAUACGGACACGUCAAACGUCGUCAUCGUCUCGCGACGUGUCCCCGUGGGAGGAGGAGCCACCGCCUGCGCCGCGCCACCACCGCGCUGCCGCGCACCACAGGGAGUCCAGACACAACUCAUCGCAAGGCUCGCGAGAAUGCCUAGACUCCGGUAGCGGGCGAGACAAAGACAAAAAACGUGACAAGCGAGACAGAGACAUCAGUCGAGAUGGACGAGAGUCAGUCAGCACGAGAGAAAGAGAUAGAAAAGACUCAGUCAGCACAAGGGAGCGAGAUAGAAGAGACUCGGGCAGCGGCCGCGAUCGACGCGACAGUAAAGACAGAGAAUACAGGGAGAAAAGAGACAGGAGAAGUCGGGAUAGGGAUACAGAUGUGUGGGACAGGGAUAGGGAGUAUAGCAGGGAAAGGGAGAGGGACUAUAGGGACUCACGGAGUAGGGAGAGGGAGAGGUUGCCUAAGGACUACAGGGAUAAAGAGAGGGACCGGUAUCGCAAGCCGCACCACUCGUGGGAUGACGACGAUGAAUACAGCGACGGCUGCGGCUCGGGGCGCUCGUCGCCGCGGGACCGGUAUCCGGAACACCGGUAUAGGAGAGAUGAACGCAACUACGGUUCGCUAGGAUGGCGCGAGUCGAGACGUCGAGCCGAGCUGCGACUGGCUGAAGACCCUGACAGGCGAUACGGCGCGACAAUGUCGUGGUCGCGCCGCUCGGGGGCACCCCCCCCACGCCGCGACGACCGCCGCCGCCGCCACGACCGAACCAGAGCUAGGGACCAGAGGUUCUCCAAUGACUUCUCGCCACGGGAUAGGGAACACUCGCCCUUUGAUAACGACUUUGUGGAUACCCCGUCGUCGGCUGGGAAGAAGAGAGGGCCGUACUCGAGUUUGGAGGGGACGAGAUUCGCGUUCGAAGCGGAAGAGACCGCGUCCCCGAUGUCGGCCAACAGCACGCGCGCUCGCGACGGCGACUCGCCCGCCACUCGCUUCCGCUUCGACUCGGACUCCGUCAGCCCGCGCUCCAUGUUCGAAGACGACUUCACCGCCCCCGCCCCCCGCCCCAAGACCGCCUCCAUAGCUGAAGAAGACGAGGGAGAACUACCACCACUAAGAAACAAACCGCCACAACAACACCGAGAUAUCAAAAAGUCAGAGUCAGUGAAUAUAUUCGUGAGGGAAACCGACCCGUUCGAAGGCGAUGAUUUCUUCGCGUGCACAGGGUCGGACAAGGUGGCGCGGAGAGAGAACUGGCCCGGGGACUUCCAGGCGUUUGAUAAUGUAUGAGCCGGCCCCGUCGUGCGGUUCAGCAGCCGCAUCACUGAAUGGUAGACAAGAUUAGUAAUGUAGGGCUUUCUGCUCGAUGAAAAAGACAAGUGUGGAGCGUAGAAUGCACACUCGAAGCUGUUAGUAGAUGGCGCCACCGGCGGUUCGAAUGGUAAGAGCUCUUGUGAUUGGUUAUUGUAACAGUCAUUUCCAUAGAUGCGACUCUGAUUGGCUUAUUAUUGGAUUAUUUAUGUAACCCUUCAUGUAUGUCACACCUUUUUUCUUACAUUGGAACAAACGGAAUGUCUCAUGAAUCAUAUUUUGUACACUACUUUUGUUAACAUUUCACGAUCGAUUACAUGAAUCUCUGUAGCUUCGUAUUCAAUAUAAGUACCUCAAACGUAUUCCUACCGGUUUUACCGGUUAUUACCUAAAGGUUUUUUCCAUACGCAGUGUACUCAAAUAUUUUCAUAGCAUUUAUAGGUAUGCAUAAUGUUACGUUUAGAAUAUUUAAAAAUUUCUAUAGGCUUCUAAUCACAGCCUGUGAUAUAUACCAAGUUACAGAAAACGCCCUGAUAUUACUUACAUUUUUAUUUAUCGCAUCUUAGUCGUUUUUAAGAAUAUGUUGUGAUAAUUUAUUAUAGUCACUAAAUUUUAAUAGGCACAUUUUAUAAUAAGCAGAAAUCAGUCAUUUUUAUCCACUUCAAAUAAAGUACAUGGAUCAUAUUCGUCCGCGGUUACCACACGUUUAGUGGUUUAAUUGGUUAUUCAUAAACGAAUAGCGCCAUAUAAUAUUAAAUUGAAAGAUAAUAUGCUGAUGCUAUUGCUAUAUGAUGCUAGCAUUCUUUCGAAUUAAUUUAGAAUUCUUUGGAAUGCUAGCAUAAAUUUGUGCAAUAUCUUAAUAAUCUCGAUAGAUAUAAUACUCACUUUAGGUAUGUCUCGCCUUUAAGAAUGGCAAUUAUUUUUUACCGUACAUAGGUAACAAUAAACGAUACAUGUAUGGAAAAUAUUGGAAGAUAUACUUAAAUUUAUCUGGGAUAAAAUGUAUCGUUCUAAUCUGAGAUACGAGAUUAAAUCUUUCACUUUCUUUUAAUCUCGAUUUAAGGGUUGGUGCAGGACACCCCUAAGUCUUAAAUGAUGGGUUUUAGUAAAUCAGAAAUCUUAGUCGGGCACAAAUAUGAGGUCUUAUUUUUAUUAAUCACAACUGUAAAUAUAUUUCUACAAACGAUUUUUGUAAUCACAUGUAAAUAUUUAUAAUCUAAAACUGUAGAUUGACCCCUAGUCGCCACGUAUUAUGCUUAAAAGUAGGAAUUGCAAAUAAACUUUUGUAACUUUAUUAAAAUACCUUAUAAAAUAAAAUAGCACACAUUCCUGUACCUAAUCAACAAUUAAUUAUUAUGUUAAUAGACUGCUGUUUAUUCAAUAUGAAAUUAAAUAAGUGAGUAUUUUAUGUUAAAUGUGAACUUAAUACAGUACAGUCAAGUCCAAGAUGAGUGGAUUCAUCUAUUUGGAGACAGUGUUUUAUCUGUGCAUAAUUAAUGAAGCUCUUCUUAGGUAUCCUUAGAUAUGUUUUACUUUAUGUAAAUUGUGUGAGCAGCAUUUUUUUACUGUGAUAUAUUUUCAAUUAACUAUUUCCAAGGUAUCUUCUUGCCGUACCGUCUAUUUUAUAAAUAUUUUAUUUUACCCAUGCUUAAUAAAAUUAGCAACGAUUUAAUCCGCAUAAUCUGUACCUAUGUGUUUGUAAGUGGUUUUUUGUUAAUUAUGAAUACUCGGCCGACAAGUUACACUUUUGAGGGAUCAUAAAUAAGAAAGGUAUUGAUUGGUACGUCAAAUAAAAUUGCAAUUUAAAAACUCCAAUAUUUGAAAAUGUAUUAUGCCCUACUAACCUACUCGUGCCCUAUAGGCAAUAAGUAUAACUUUAGCAUCAUAGUAUGCCACAAUAAUCAACUUUAUAAUCAGUUUUAAUAUCUUACGCAUCUAAUACAACCAGUGUUACCUAUUUUUAAUAAAUUUAAGUAAUAAAUAUUAAUGAUGCAUCAGUUUUUUAUGUAUUAAUGUACUUUUUGUACAUACAGUAGGUAGUUAGAAAAAUAAUUAUGUGCAAUUAUUAUACCAGUGGCUAUGCAUGCCGCAAUACCAAAGGUAUUUAUGUUCUUUACUGUUGUGUAAAAUACUCGAGUUAAUAAAUUAUAAUAAAAUACGUUUA